AUGGGGAAUGACCUUAAACAGGAGGUAAGUGUUGCCAGGCCACGUUGCGGCUCCAAGGUGCUCCUAUCCACAACCCGUGACUCAACAGACCAAGGUGGCUGUGCCCACUACAUCGAAGGAGAUUUUGAUUCUGCCGAAGAAGCCAUGGAAGAAUUGGACUUUACUAACAAGAUCUGUAAGACAUCUACACGGACACCCAGUCCUCAUUCCAUGGGAACUGAGUCUUAUCGCUCGGCCAGCCAAAGCUCUCUAGAUUCUUCAGAAUCCCAUAAAGCAGACCUUGCCUAUCAUCAUCAUACUGAUGAGGACACACUUCCAAAUGAAUGUUCUUUGGAUUAUCCGAUACGAGUACCUAUAAUUGGAUUUGAGACAAUGGAGCAACGUGCAAGAUUUACACAAUGUAAUUCAUAUCACUAUCUAUCUAUCUAUCUAUCUAUCUAUCUAUCUAUCUUAGUCUGUUUUUAUCUAUCUAUCUAUCUAUCUUAUCUGUUUUUAUCUAUCUAUCUUAGUCUGUUUUUAUCUGUCUAUCUAUCUAUCUAUCUAUCUAUCUAUCUGGGCCUGUUUUUAUCUAUCUAUCUGGGCCUGUUUUUAUCUAUCUAUCUGAACCUGUUUAUAUCUAUCUAUCUGAACCUGUUUAUAUCUAUCUAUCUGAACCUGUUUUUAUCUUUCUAUCUAUCUGAACCUCUUUUUUUUAUCUAUCUAUCUGAGCCUGUUUUAAAUCUAUCUAUCUUAGUCUGUUUUAAAUCUAUCUAUCUGAGCCUGUUCAUAUCAUCUACCAUAUUCUUUUCAUACCUAUCUAAAUCUGUUUUUAUUCUAUCUAUCUAUCUAUCUAUCUAUCUAUCUAUCUAUCUAUCUAUCUAUCUAUCUAUCUGUUUUAUUUUAUUCUAUCUAUCUAUCUAUCUAUCUAUCUAUCUAUCUAUCUAUCUAUCUAUCUAUCAAAUUUUGUGA